AUGGCAGAUUCUGCUAGUGAAUCGGACUCGAGCAGCAUAGAUGGGGGCCCCAUCAUGAUGCCGCCAAGCCCGGUCACUAGAGAACAACUGCAAAAGCGCAUAGAGAGUCUUCAACAGCAGAAUAGAGUACUCAAAUGUGAGCUAGAGACAUACAAACUGAGGGUGAAGGCUUUACAGGAAGAGAAUAGAGAUUUGCGUAAAGCAUCUGUAAUAAUACAAGCUAAAGCAGAACAAGAAGAAGAGUUCAUCUCCAACACUCUCCUGAAGAAGAUCCAAGCGCUCAAGAAAGAAAAGGAAUCUCUCGCGCACCACUAUGAGCGGGAAGAAGAGUGCCUCACCAACGAUCUGUCCAGGAAGCUGACGCAGCUGCGACAGGAGAAGUGCCGACUCGAGCAGACGCUGGAGCAGGAGCAGGAGUGCCUCGUCAAUCGGCUGAUGAGGAAGAUCGAGAAGCUGGAGGCGGAGACGCUCGCCAAGCAGAGCAACCUCGAACAACUCAGACGAGAGAAGGUCGAACUGGAGAACACGCUGGAACAAGAGCAAGAGGCGCUGGUCAACAAGCUGUGGAAGCGCAUGGACAAGCUCGAGGCCGAGAAGCGCAUGUUGCAAAUCAAGCUGGACCAGCCCGUCUCCGAUCCGGCGAGUCCGCGCGAGAUCAGCAACGGCGACGCCGCCUCCAAUCUGAGCGCGCACAUCCAGACGCUCAGAUCGGAGGUGGCUCGGCUGCGCUCGAGUCUGGCCGUCAGCCAGCAGGAGCAUUCGCAGAAGAUGCAGCGGUACGUCCAGGAGGAGCGCAACAUCAAGGAGGAGAAUUUGAGGCUUCAGCGGAAAUUGCAAUUGGAAGUAGAGAGACGCGAGGCAUUGUGUCGCCAUCUCUCUGAAAGCGAAAGUUCCUUAGAAAUGGAAGAAGAGAGACACUACAAUGAACAAGUUUUGGGCGUUAGGCAGCAUACCGUUUCUCCGGUCCCCGUUUAUAAUCCCUCUCCGAGUCACAGCAGACCUUUGAGCCCAGGUCUGUCGACGAUCCAAGUUCCUUCGCCGCGCGACUCGCUGGUCGCCUGCCCGCCGCGCUGCCACUCGUGCGGCCAGAUCCUCACGGCGGCCGCGUGCGCCUCGGCGGCCGCCCUGCACGCGGCGGGGGGCGGCACGGGCAGCCCGCCCGCCCCUCACCGCCGCCCUUCGGAGCGGUUCGUCAAGCCGGCCGUGCCGGCGCCGCAGCAGCCGGCCAGUCCGAUGGACACGUCGGGCAACAAGGACUGA